AUGUCUGCGAUUGUGUCCGCCCUCACCCAGUGUGAGUUGGAGGAAAACAACAACUUGGUGGAGAUCCUCAGCGUGGUGAGAUCCAGCCGGCGGUCUCUGAGCGACGCCAAACUCGCUCUGGUGGUUCGCGGCUUGUGUACCCAGAACCUGGCCCUUUUGGCCUUGCUCAGGCAGUGCGACCAGGAAAUGGCCAAUGACGAGAAAGAGGUCUUCAAGACGUUGGUCAAUAACUUUAUUGUGUGGUUUGAGGAUGCUCUUGUGGUGUUUGAGCGCUACUUGCUGUGUUUCCCCUUGCCAGAGGACUACGACUAUGCUAAGUUCCUGAAACCGGUGCUCCAUGUGGGCUGCUACUCGGCCUUCAUCGAUCUGGCCAUCUCCAGCUUGAGAAAUCCGUUUAUUGUGGAGAAAUUGACUUCCUUCAGAUGCAACAUCACCAGCUUGCUCGACCGCUACUCGGAGCACUUGAAGCUUCGUAAUUUGGACAAGAUCUCGUUUGACAAUGUCCAGGCUUUUGGCGGCAACAAGGUGUCCUGCUCAUUCACCAUCGACGAGAUUGUCGACAGAACGAAAAAUGAGCCUUUGUCCGUCGGCCUGGCCCAGGUGGAAUUGCUCCUUCUAAACCUCAAAAGCAGCUCCGGUGCUCCCCGUUCUCCAGGCUCCAACUUCAACGCAUUGGCUGUUCUUCAACGCCAGGGUGACGACGACCCUCGUCUUUUGAUGUACCCUCCAUUCCGUAUCAACGAAGUUGCUAUUGGUCUUGGGAAAGAGGGUCUCUCGUUGCAGGCCAUCUCCUUCUUUUCAAAAGCUCCCCUGGACAACAUCACCAUUUCUGGAAAGCCCGAGACCUUGGAACGCUGGCACGGCAAGCUCUCCAAAAUCCUUCCCCAGAUCAACAAUAAGUUUGUCCCCAAUGACAAGCUUGAGCUCGCUGGUUUGGGCAUUUCUUGUCUGAGCUCCGACGAAGAUUCGGCAGAUUCACCUAAUAACGGCAGCUUUGCCUCUUUCACGCCGCCUUCGGAGGACAUGUCUGAUGAGGAGGUCAAACUGCCUGCCGAAAUCAUGAAAAAGACGCUCCAAAGCGGAAGAACUUCCACCGGCGAGGUCAUCAGAACCAUGAACGUCGUGAACAGUGUGGUUCCCGGUUCUGCAAAGGCCGAAUACUGCCAUGCUGAUGAUGUCGAGUCUGUGAUAAGCAGCGAUGAUGACGAGGAGCUUGAAGCUUCGUUCGAGAUGGUUAAGCCAAAACCCAGAUCCGUGUCGCCUCCACAGGCAACUGUUUACCGAAACGCAGCUGGUUCUGCUAUCAACAUCCACGAAUUUGGCAAAAACUACAACCCAUCGUUUGCCUCUGUUAAUGAGAUUGGCGAGAGAAAACCAAAGAAGAACUUCCUCUCCAGCUUGUUCAAGAAGAACAAGUCUAAGGAAUCCCUUGUUGAAAAGCCAGCUGAGCUGGCUCCAGUCAAGGAGAAGCCCAGCCAGGCACCACCAAAGAAGACAAAACCUGCUCAAAAGAGUGCUCCAAAAACUGCUUCGAAGCCACAAAACAAGGCCAGAGAGCCCAGAAUCAAAAAGCCCGUCGACAAAUCGAAAGAAUUGCCCACACCUACGCUUGAGCAACAGAAGGAGGCUCGCCAAGUUCAGAAGCCUCCUCCACUUGACUUGUCCAAUAUACCCAAGAAUUCGGAGGCCUCCUCGGGUCCUCUGAGUGCUACUUCAAGCACUUUCAGAAGAACAUUGCCAUCCCCAUUUGCAUUGCCUUCUUCUACAUCCACCUACUUCUUCAAGCCUCCCACGCCAGCUCCAGUUAGCAACAACAACUCGUCCACGAGUUUGACGAGCAACACCUCGGAGCAGCCUUUGAAGAUUCCAGGCUCGUUGAAGGAUGUUAUCAACUCCGACAGUACUAUUGACUUCUACAUCACACCCACAUCGCCCAAGACGUUGAAGGUUUCUAAAUGGAAGCACAAGUGUGCCAAGUGGGAGAUGCUCACCACCAACGAGAACCUCUUCGUCAAGAUUGUGACCAACUACGAGAUGCACAAAGCGUGGUUGCUUUUCUUCAAGGAGGAGUAUGACGAGGAGUACGACGAGGUCAUCGACAAGCCUCUCCUCAUCAUGAACUUGGACAACAGCACCCACGUCAGAAAGUCGUCAGCUUUGGAUUUGGAGAUCCAGGCCGCCAACUCCAUUGACGGCGAGAAGAUGCUGAUCAUGAUCCGCUGCUUGAACGGUGGCUUGAUGAACGACCUUACCAAGAACUUGGAGGACAUGGUGGACAUGAUGUGCAGCAAGUCGCCCAGCAGAACCACACCUUCCGAGUCCAACUCCACGUUGAUGUCUUCGCUCAUGAGCAAGCCUUCUCUCUCGUCCACCUUGACCAGUAUCCAUCUUGAAGAUUCAAGAGAGAACAGCUUGAGUCCUCAGGUGGCACAAGAAGCACAACAAGAAACAGCCUCCAACAUGCUUUUGCUCGACCGUAUGACCGUGAGACUUCACAAGCAGUUGGAGUCCUACGACAAGAUCCACGAGUUGUCGUCGUGGAAAACCCUCGCCAUGUACACCUUGAGUGUGUGCCAUUCAGCCGGCAGCGUCGACAAUGGCCUGUACCACUUGAUCUUGGAGAGCCAGGGCAGAGGUGACGAGCCAAAGGAGAUUUCCUGGUCGUUUGGCGAAGAGAAGGUGAACGAACGAAUGGAGAAGAUCGGCAAGGCUGGGUUGUUGGUGAGACCAGGUCUGGACAUCUACAUGAUCGAGUGUAAGUGCAAGAGCCCCAUCCACAUCUCUUCCAACAAGUUCUUCGAUGAAAACGGGUCCCAGUUCUUCAUCAAAGGCAUAGCGUACCAGCGCCAGAUUCCAGGGUACGAACACGAGCCGUUUCUGGAAAUCCCCAAGGGAUACAUCGACCUGCUUGCACAUCCUUCCAAGUGUCUUCCCGACGUGGAGCUCCUCAAGGAACUCAAUGUCAAUACUGUUCGUGUGUACCAGGUGGACCCGGACCAGGACCACGAGAUAUGUAUGCAUGCUUUGGCGAAAAACGGUAUCUACGUUUUGGUGGAUCUUCUGGAGCCCAAGCACUCCAUUAACAGAGAGGACCCUUCGUGGCACACCGAGCUUCUUGGUCACUUUCGCCAGGUGGUUGACAACAUGAGUAAAUACGAGAAUGUGCUUGGGUUCAUUGCGGGAAACGAGGUGGUGACUUCUGUCCAAGACGCCCUGGCGGCAGCGUUUGUAAAGGCUGCCAUCCGCGACACCAAGGCCUACCAGAAACAAAAAGGGUACCGCCAAAUACCCAUAGGAUACACUGCCAACGACGAUACAGAAACACGAGAAAACAGUUUGCGGUAUUUUCAAUGUGGAAACACCACGGCGGAUUUCUACGGCAUCAAUAUGUUCGAAUGGUGUGGGUACUCUUCGUUUGCAGCCAGUGGGCUCCGGGCGAGAACUGAGGAGUUCGCGGUGCUGGCGGUGCCGGUUUUCCUCAGCGAGUUUGGGUGCAACCUGGUGAGACCCCGGCCGUUUACGGACACAGACUCGUUGUACGGCCCGGAGAUGACCGGGGUGUGGCUGGGCGGCGUCGCCUACGAGUUUUUCGAAAACGAAAACCAUUUUGGCGUGGUGCACGAGAGCCAAGGGCGGUUGCAAAAACUGGCUGAGUUCGAUACGCUCCGGCUCCGGUUUACUGCCGCGCAGCCUAGGGCCACCGAGACUAGGGCGAAAAAAACCGCUCCAGCCUGCCCCAACUGGCCCGCGCUGGCCCAGCUUCCACCACCGCCAGACCCGGAGAUUUGCGGGUGUUUGCGCCUGGCGGUCACGUGUGUGCCCCGGACGGGUCCCGGCGACUACGAAAGUUUCGAAUUGUCUUCACAAAACCGGGAUUUGUUGGCGCUGGUGUGUGAAAAGAUCGACUGUUCGGAGAUCGAGGCAGAUGGUGCCAGGGGAGUAUACGGCAGAUUCAGCGGGUGCGCGCCCCAAGACCGUUUAGCCUGGGCGCUCACUGCCGAAGGGUCCUGUGAUUCGAAAAUGGCCAAAACGAAGGAAAGGGAAGAGGGCUCUUAUGGAGCCGAUUUUUGGAAGAAUUUGAAGAAAUCGGCUUCUCCAAGCUCAGUUUCUCCAGAAUCGUCUUUGGAGCUGACUCUGUCGCUGUCGAUUGAACUGAUGAGUACGAUUUCGCAGCCACUGACCUCUGCCAUUCCGAAAAACAACAGCAUUGUGGAGUACCACUUGAACGGGGCCUGCCGGGCAGAUCCUCGCGAUUUGGGCGACCUUCUUGUGUUUGGUCACUGGGUUCAAUUCAUGAUGGCGAUCUUCUACACGGGCUGGCGGGUCUAG